UCUUGAUGAGAACCAUUGUCAUAUUGUAGGAUCAGGAACGAUCAGAAUCUGCCAGACUUGAUCUCAUCAGGACGAAUGUCUUUCGGCCAGACCCCACAGGUUGACGGGGACUUGUUCGCACCGGUCGAAAGUCAGCGGAAGCAUCCUGUACCACCACUCUCCCUGUUCGGCCCUGGCUGUGCUCACCCGCAAUCACCAUUACACAUCUCUGAUGGCUCUCGGCACCGUCCUAUCGGGACCAAUAAAUGGUACACUCAACUCAUGUUGACACCCAGCGGGACAGAUCCCAUCUAUCCUUUGCCCUAUGCACUGGCCUUUCUUGACGGCAGCUCCGUUCUCUCUUGCCGAGGACGCGAGCGGACCGAGUCUUUGGUGGGACUCGGCAUCCUUCAUUCCUCGGCAGCCCAAAGAGUCUUUGGACCACCCGUCGGCCCAGAUCCUGAUUCUUCCGCCCGGUACUAUUACAAUCCCCUGGCGGUCUCGGUUUGUCUGGGUGCUAAAGAGUUCAGUGGCCAGUCGAAGGUCGCCCCUUUAACGUCCGAUUGGUCUGAGUUGACUGUCCAGUUUGAGCUCUCAUCAACAACUAAAGGGCCUCCCAAGUCCAGCAUCUCUUUUCCCAUCUCCCGAGGGUCUGCCUUUGUGACGGCUUUAUAUACCGGCCUCAGUCCAAGGUUGGGUUCCACUCACGUCAUCCUUUCCCUGGAAUGUGUCAAUCCCGGUGAAGAACAUCACCUCUAUGGAUUCCGCAAGCACCGGCUUCGUUACAACGAUGGCUCAACUUGGUUAGUCUAUUCACUCGGCGACCAGACUGUGAGCUGCUCAUCGCACCUGGACCUACAGAAAAUUACGUCCACGGAUGUCGGUCAUCCUGGGACUUGGUCUGGUAUUAUACAACUUGUCAAAAUGAGUGAUUAUUACGGACGAGAAUUGGAAGAAAACUCGCACCGCCUCGGCGAAGAAUUCGUUUAUGAUAACGGCAUUGGGGUAUGGACUCAAGCUGCCACCCUGAGAUCUGGGCCCAUGGGCACCGGGCAGUAUUCGUUCGAUUGGAUCACCAACGGCCCUAGGUCGAACUCAGCGCAACCUUUGAUGUUUGCCUUGCCACAUCAUAUUGAAGCCCUAUCGGAUCCAAUAAUUGUUGUGAAGCCGGAGAUCAGGAUUCAAUCACGGGUUACGGGAGUCAUGCGCCUCUGUCGCGGAGAUAGAUGGUUAUUCAAGGAAAACGUUGCCGAUCUCAGAAAUUUUGGUAUCACACCUUAUCGCUCACCAAACGGUGCCCCACUAUACGACCCCUUGAAAGUGGACCUCUUGAGACAAGUCAUGGUCAAAGAAUUGGAUACCGACUUUGAUUCGGAAUCCAAUUUAGACAGUUACUACUUUUCUGGAAAGAAGCUUGCAAAACAAGCUCUCCAAUGUCUUACGGCUUCAUGCGUUCUGCAGGACCAAAACCUGGCAACCAAGUUUGUCGAAAAGACGAAGAAAAGCUUCGAUAAAUUCCGCCACAAUCGUUCCAAAGCGGCCCCGUUGGUAUAUGAAAACACUUGGAAAGGCAUCAUUAGCUCGAGCAUAUUGCGCACUGGAAACAGAAAUGACGAUUUUGGAAACGGGGUUUAUAAUGAUCACCAUUUCCAUUAUGCUUAUUUCAUUCAUGCAGCAGCAGUACUCGUAUAUCACGAUCAUUCUUACCUAUACUCUGUUAGGGACUACAUCCAUGAUCUUAUUCGUGAUGUGAACAGCUCGGAUGAAUCGGACUCCUUUUUCCCCUUGUUCCGAAACUUCGAUUGGUUCUUGGGCCACAGUCUUGCGACUGGACUGGACACCAGUAUCGAUGGUAAGAAUCAAGAAAGCUGCAGUGAAGAUGCAAAGUGAGGUUUUUUUUUCUCAGCUGUAAUCGAGUCAAGUCAA